AUGGACACCGAUGGAAACUGGGAUCGGGCGCUGCAUCAGUCGAAGACUGGAGAAGGAGAUGACGUCGUGGACGGUGAAGAUAUAGCUGCCGCUGUCCGCCAUCUCACGCCACCUCUCUUCUCUAUUCCUUGCUGCCGGCGUGGCUUCGUUCACGGUGGUCUCCGUUUCUCAGUCACGACCAUCGCCGCUGCAUGGCUCGAUUCUGUUACUCGAGUCGCUGCUUCAGCCGUUACAGACUGCCGUCGUGGAGCUGCUGUCGUUGCAAAUCACCGCCGCCUGCCGCCAGUCCUUCUACCUUCUGCCGUCGCCGCCCACCAUAGGUGGGUGUUGGGUUUAUUUUUCCGAUGGAGUGUAUUAUGA